GUCUUCGUAAAUAGUCCACGUUCUUCCUCCUUUCCAUCUUUGAACAGCUCAUUUUAGAUCUCUCCUCGAUUGAUUCCUCUUUCUUCAUUAUUAUCCUCUCACUCUUCUUCUCCUCAUCUUUCUUCACAAUCACCAAUCUCGUCUUCUUCCCCUUCUCUCUCCACGCCGAUCUGCUUCGAAAUGGAAGGAGGUGCCGAUGGAACCGUCCGCGUCGGUGGUCUGAACUCCAAGCCUGGUCGCGGGCUCGAAUUGGAGUCCGAUUCCGCGGUUUCCUCCCCGGUGACGCGUCAGAAAGCAGCCGCCGCGAAGCAAUUCAUCGAGAACCAUUACAAGAAUUACCUGCAAGGCUUGCACGAGCGUAUGGAGAGACGCAGAGAGUUUCAGAGGAAAGUGCAGGAAGCUCAGCUACCUGUUGAGGAACAGGACGAGAUGAUGCGGAAUCUGGCUCGUCGGGAGACUGAGUACAUGAGGCUUCAGAGACGUAAGAUUGGGAUUGAUGACUUCGAGCUCUUGACUGUUAUAGGCAAAGGUGCCUUUGGUGAGGUUAGAUUAUGCCGUUUGAGAUCUACAGGCGAGGUUUAUGCCAUGAAGAAGUUGAAAAAAACUGAUAUGCUUAGCCGUGGACAGGUUGAGCAUGUAAGGUCUGAAAGGAACUUACUUGCGGAGGUUGACAGCCGUUAUAUUGUGAAGCUUUUCUACUCUUUUCAAGAUUCUGAAUGUUUGUAUCUUAUCAUGGAGUAUUUACCUGGAGGUGACAUCAUGACUUUACUCAUGAGAGAAGACAUUCUCGCCGAAGAUGUUGCUCGCUUUUAUAUUGCUGAGAGCAUCCUUGCUAUCCAUUCAAUCCAUCAUCACAACUAUGUUCACAGGGACAUUAAACCUGAUAAUUUGAUACUGGACAAGAGUGGGCAUUUAAAGCUUUCAGAUUUUGGUCUAUGUAAGCCACUAGAUGAGAAGUAUUCUUCACUGCUAUUAGAAGACGAAGAAAUGCUUUCUCAGGAAGCAGAGAGCCAGUCAGGAAAAUCAGACUCUGACAAAGCACCCUGGCAAAUGCCUAAAGAGCAGUUGCUGCAAUGGAAGCGCAAUCGCCGUGCAUUGGCUUAUUCAACCGUUGGAACUCUUGAUUACAUGGCUCCAGAAGUACUACUAAAGAAAGGAUAUGGAAUGGAAUGUGACUGGUGGUCGCUCGGAGCAAUUCUGUAUGAGAUGUUAGUGGGUUAUCCCCCAUUCUGUUCUGAUGACCCCCGUAUAACAUGCCGCAAGAUAAUUAAUUGGAGGGUAUGUUUGAAAUUCCCUGAAGAACCGAAAAUAUCAGAUGAAGCUAGGGACUUGAUUUGUCGCUUGCUAUGUGAUGUUGAGUCAAGGUUGGGAACCAGAGGUGCUGAGGAGAUAAAGACUCAUCCGUGGUUCAAUGGCACCCAAUGGGACAAACUGUAUGAAAUGGAGGCAGCUUACAGACCAACUGUUGAUGGAGAACUAGACACACAAAAUUUUGAGAAGUUCCCUGAAGUUGAAGGAUCGGCAUCUGAAGCACCACAAGUUGGUCCUUGGAGAAAGAUGUUGACGUCCAAGGACAAUAACUUCAUAGGAUUUACGUUUAAGAAGUCAGACAUCACAAGAUCAAUGGAAAAUACAGGUACGGACAUGAAACCAAAUGGAUCAGGGGACGCCCCGUCAUUGAUAUCAUUGUUAGGUCGGAUCAAUAUGGAAGAAGCUGAAAGUGGUGAGUUAAACCAAAAGACAUAGAGAGAUACAAAAAAAAAAUUGUUCUUUUUAUAUCCGUUUGCAGUUGUUUUCUAAUCAUUUGGCAGAGGCGAUGAAGGCGAUGGUAGUUUUGUAAACCACAUACAUGGCUUAUAUGAUGGUUCAUAAAACUUCUAUUUGGUUCUCUUUUCAUUUCUUUUGUAACAUAUUUUGUAUUUUUCUUCUUUGGUCUAUAAGAGAAACUGUAAAGAAUGGAAGAACCAUUUCUGUGGGGACAUGUUCACAUAUUCAAUUUAAAGCAUAGAAAUGAAACUUUGCUUUUCUGCCAUA